CUAGCUCAGCUGCUUGUCCAUGCUGCUGGUCGCUUAGGCUGGCCACGUGUCCCUUUUUCAACAGUAUUACACUAGUGUUGGUAGGAUUGCAUGGGUGUGAGUGCGUGCCUAUACUGUCAUUACGUGUUUUCGAUUUGACCUUGAUUUGUCUUGACCUAUUGUGUCUUGACCUUCAUCUAUCUUGACCUUCAUUUGUCUCGUUAAUUUUUCAUUCUUAUUUAUUUUCAUUCUUAUUUAUUUUCAUUCUUAUUCAUUAAUUUUUAUUCAUUUUUCAAAUUUUUCACAGCUUUUCCACAGCUUUGACAAAAAUUUUUUGACUUUCUGUCUGAUCUUGUGCAUUGGCUGCCCGUGCGUUUGAACUUUCCCCUGCCUGGUUAUUCUGGCCGUGUCGAUUUUCUGGCUGCUGCAGUGCGUGGGUGCUGGAUUUGUUUCUCCUUUGUGGGUCAGGUCUGGUAAGUUCGCGCUGUUUGUGGCCAUACUUCUGCACGUGCUUGGGCCCGGUGGUGGAUUUUCUUCUUGUGUGGUGUGGCCCUUAGCAUUAAGAUGAAUCAAGAUAGAUCCAAGUUAACGGCGGCUAAGCCUAAAAGAAGUCCAAAGGGGCCUCCCUUGGUUACUUCUAAUGUCCUCUUGUGUGCCGGAAGUUCCAAGCCCACUUCACUUUCACCAUCUCCAAAGAAGGACACUAGCAAACAUGAACCUUCUAGUUCUACUCCAAAGAAGGUUUUUCACCCAGUUAUUAAUUCCACAACCGUGGUUCGGCGUUCAGGUGAUCUCCAUAUUCCCGUCAAGCCCUAUAAUCCAUCUGUGGAGGAGGCGGCAAACCUGGGUAGCAACACGGCAUCGCUUUAUAAGCGUGCCAAUGCACCCCAUACUUCGCCAAAAACACGACGCGUCCGUUCCAGUGCUGCUGUGCGACGUACCUCUGCCUCGGCAAGGGCCGCUCAGCACGACACUCAAAGGCGCGAUGCCCAGGAUCAAACCAGGCCAGACCUCAUUGAAUUGGAAAGUGACGAGGGAGACCUUGACAGUGACUCGUCCCAUAUGGAAGGCUCGAGUGCUCCUCCUACUACACCACCAAACCAGCAUACUUCUAUACAAAAUGAAGUUGCGGAGCCUACUCCCUCACAGUCCGACUUGGAGAACCAGGCCUUGAAAUAACUUUCGCUGCGUAUUACCUGUGAUGAUAUACUGCGCUCUUCACCAUGGAUCUGUCUGCCGCUAUGUGUCCCCACACCAAUUUUGGAUUUAUAUCGAAUGAUGGCUAAAUGGCCAUUACUCAUGCUGCUUCUGGACGCAACGUGUGACCCAGAUUGUACACAUUACUGUCAUCUCGUCUGCAGUUUGGAAAUCAUCUUGGUGACCUGUUCCAAUCACCUAUUUUGUUAUAUGGCAGGGCUGCUGUCUUCCUGUUGGAUGUUGCUGCAACGCGGGACAAAUAUUGAUUUAUUGCGGAUAUAUUUAUCCCAACGAUACUUC